GGAGUUUCAGACGGUUGUCACACGUGUAGACGUAGGAUCAGUGUACACAGUUUGGUACUUUGGUGUAACUAAUAUCCCAUAGGCACGAUCAGAGCUGAAUCUUCAAUGGAGUUUCAGAUGGUUGUCGCACGUGUAGACACGUAGCAUCAGCGUACAUGGUUUGGUGUAACUAAUAUCCAAUAGGCACGAACAGAGCUGGUCCACCACUGCAUGCAAAAAUAUUCCGAGCCUGCGGAGCAGCUGCAAAAGCUACGCGGGAAUUCACCCUUCUCCGACGAACCAAACUCCCGAGGACACACACCAAGAAACCCCGAGACACGGAGCGGAGCUCAACCUCCGAGAUCCCUCACCUUGUCCCUCCCAGUCCCGGGUCCUCCUCCCACGCACGCGCAAUGGCGACCGACGCGAUCCUGGAGACGAUCAAGCCGCGGCGGAGCGCGUCGCGCGAGGACCUCCCGGUGACGACGGCCGACAAGCGCGGCGGGGAGGACCACCUGACCGGGCUGCGCCGGCGCGUGUCGUCCUUCUCGGUGCGCAUCCAGCCGCUGUCGUCGUCGGGCGCCGCGGCGUUCCGCCGCGCGCGGUCGAUGCCCUCGAUCAAGGCGCUGGCCGCCGCGAGCGCGCUGCGGCGGUGGUGGGAGUGGGGGCUCGGGUGGGUGAUGGCGCGGCGCCCGCCCUUCGCGCGGGGGCUCGAGAUGACCGACGAUGAGGUCGCCGCGCUGGGCGGGUGCCACUGCCGCGGCACAUGGCGGCACGUCUUCUACAAGGUCCGCGCCGGGGCGCGCCGCCUCCUCGGCCGCGACGGGCGCCCGCUCCCCGCGCAGGACUUCAGGUACGACUCCGUCAGCUACGCGCAGAACUUCGACGACGGCGGUGCCUGAGAGCCACCAGGCUCUGAGAUUCUCCCUCCUACGCGUACGCGCAUGGGUUCUCCCGCCAUUGUUACAAACCGAAGGCAUAUACAUAGCUUGGUCGAUCGGUCGAUGCGGCAUUGCUUAGUGCUUGCUGUAAGCUGCAAUAAAGCAAGUGGUUUUGUGGUAUAUAUGACAUAUAUAGUCUGGUGUGUAUGAUCGCAUCGGUCGAUCUGGACGAAGAUGAUUCUUUCUCUCUUUUCGAUUUUGCUUCAGUUUCUUCGAUUCGUCCUGAAGACGUCCACCGAUCGACCGGCAAAUGUAAAUGUUCUGUAAUAAUACCUCGCAAUUCAAACCAA